AGCAUCUGGGUUAGCUCCAUUGAUUCAGAAAUUGGUGGAUGAUUAUGGUUGGAGAGGUGCAAUUGCUAUCGUAGCUGCAGCUCACUUGCAUGUGACGGUUGCAUCCUUCCUGCUGAAUCCUAGAGUUGGCAAAGUUGAGUUGGAUCCCGAGGAUACUGAAGAUGAUUAUCAAACUGACCUAGAAAAUCAUUUUAAAAACAUUCAUGGAUUCUUUAAGAAAACAUUGAAACGUCUUCAUCUGGAAGUCUUCAGCAAUAACCGUCAGUUGCUAGCACUGUGUCUGUCUGUAAUAAUCGGAGGCCUUACUAUGACGUCAUUUUGGUUGUUUUUUGUUCCAUAUGCUGUGGACUCAGGCAUCUCUCCUAUUGACGCCAGUGAGAUUUUGUUGGCAUCAGUUAUUUCAUGCAUUUUGAUUAGACUUUUUCUAUUUUCAUUUGGUGAUAUUGACGUUACUCUGAUAAUAAAAAUAUUUACAGUUGCACAGUUAUUCGAAUUAACAUCGUUUUCUAUAUUUGCAAUUGGACAUAGUUUUUUGAUAUUUUAUAUCAGCUCAGCUUUUCACGGAUUCGCGUUUGGAAUGCUAUGGCACGGAUAUGUUACUUUGGCGACUAAGUUUGUUAGAAAAACAAAUGAAAUAGAUGACGCAAUUUCCUGGAUAUUGUUGGCAGAAGGAGUAGGAUCGAUAUCAUCAGCAAUUGUAGGUUUCUCUGUCAACAGUUACCGUCUCGGUUUUCAAAUAGGCUGUGGUGUCCAAUUAAUUGCGGUCGUAUUGGUAGUAUACAUACUUAUACUGCAGAAAAGAAAGCCGAACAACAUCUGAAAAAAUGGGUCUGUAAAGAAUAUGAAGCCUCCUUCCGACCCUAAAUAAGGAGGAAAGCGUUUUGUCUUCUGAAGGUUUUUCUAGGUGGAACACAAGGACAUCUGUUUGUUGAUAGAUCAUUUUUGUGCUAAGUUCCAUGCCUGUGAAAUUGUCUAACAUAACCGAAGACGCUAUUCUCUGCAAUAAAGAUUAUCUGUGAAGAUUAUGAAGCACUUUAGAGAAAAUCGAUUUGGAUUUGGUUAAUUAUUAAUAAUUAUUAAUUUAUUAUUAUUACCAAAGUGUAUAGAUAAAAUACUUUCUGUUAUAUAUAUCAUAUAUCGAUAACUUCAUAUAUCGAUUUCAUAUAUCGAAAUUACAACUAUACAUAUAUAUCAUAUAUCAAGUUCAAGUUACAUUUCAAAAUAUCAUCAUUGUAGCUUUGCAGCUAAUACAAAUGGUACAUUACAAAUAAUAGACCUGGGUCUAUGUACAUUGCACAAAGUUUACGAAACAACAAUACAAAUACAAAUUCAAAUGUUCUUGGUAAAGUUAUAUAACAGUAAAAAUACAUUGAUAUAAAAAUUAAACUAUGAUUUAUAAUGAACUGGUUAAUCUGAGCUUAUUUAGUAUUGAGGAUCAAAUAUAUAAUGCAAAUCUAAGUACAAGUUGCUGGUUGAAGAUAAUAAUGAAGUAUGGAUUUGGGCUUUACUAUUGCUCUAUCUAUUAAUUUUGUAAAGUACUGGUUUGAAUUGAUUUUUCUUUCUCAAACUAUAUCAGUGGUCUAUUUGAGGAGGUAUAAAAAAAUUUAAAUUUGGAGAUUUGCAUAAUUGGGGAGUAAAUUUGUUUUUCUACACUCCAGCAUUUCUAUGUUACACAAUAUUAGAGCACUAUUAUAGUUAUUGUACGAGUUGUCAAGUAUGAUUUUGAGUGCUCACUUCUUUGUAUGUAUAUGAGGACCAUUCAGAUAAAAACGUUCCAGACCUAUAUUAGAUUAGUAACAACUCAGACUUACACAGUCCGACAAAUAAAGUUUUUGCCAAGUUUAAUUCGCAAUUUAAGUUUGUCCAAUAGUUUAAGUAUUUUAUAUAGAAAUUGCAACAAACUGACUUGGUGACAUUAAUAUUUAAGCAGAAUGUGUACGUCUAAAUAAACAGCGAUCGCCUUAGUCAGCGCUGAAUAUGGUCUUUCAAAACUCUUCAUAUUUACUCUGAAUGGACAUGUAAUCAACUCAACCUUUGUCUCGUGAAUCUAUGAUUCAUUCAAAAUGUAUACGUUGUUAUAAAAAGUAUCUUCUAUGCUAAUUUCAUUACAUUUUAGACGUUAAUAUACGCCACUUUCGACUCCGCUUAAUGCAUUAACAUAGCUCUUUUUCCUUUGUGUAGAAAUCGUGAUGAUGUCAUCUUUGGUGUUGCAGUUAGAUUGCUCUAGUGGGAUAUUGCAUAACUGUACAUAGGACUUAAUGAAUGAUAUAUAUUUUCUGGACGGAAUGCGUUUAUAUUUUAUGUUUACUUUAUACCAAGAAAAACACAUUUCAUGUAUUUUUGUACAUGAUUGAAUAAACUGAGCCUUGAAACUUAAA